AUGUGGGGACCAUUUACAAUCUUUGCUAUGGUUCUCUUAGUUCUGUUGUGCUUCCUGGGGAUCAUGGCUAAUGGCUUCAUUGUUGUUGUACUGGUAAGGGAGUGGGUUCGUUGCCACCGGCUGUCUCCCUGUGACAUGAUCCUGAUCAGUUUGGGGUCCUCCUGCUUCUGCAUGCUGUGGGUUGGAAUGACACACAACUUUUACUAUUUUCAUCGCCACCUACAAUAUUCCAAGGAGCCUGCCCACCAGUACUUUGGGAUUUACUGGGAUUUUCUGAAUUCAGCCACAUUCUGGUUUGCCACUUGGCUUAGUGUCCUCUUUUGUGUGAAGACUGCAAACUUCACUCACCCCAUUUUCCUUUGGCUGAAGUGGAGAGUCAAGGUACUGGUACCCUGGUUCCUACUAGUCUCUUUGCUAAUCUCUUUCAUUGUCUCCAUACUGGGGUUUUUGGGAAACAAUGCUUUGUACCAGGCAUUCUUGCAGGGAACAUUCUCUGAGAACAUAACCUUCUCUGGCUUCACUAGGAAACGAGAAAUCCACUAUUUUUUCCCUUUGAAGCUCAUUACUUUGUCUAUCCCCUGUUCUAUGUUUGUAGUCUCAACAGUUCUGCUGAUUACUUCUCUGCAGAGACAUUCCUGGAAAAUGCAACAAAGUGCCUACAGUAUCCAGGGUCCUAGUACUGAGGCUCACACCAAAGCUCUGAAGUCUCUGGUCUCCUUCCUAGUCCUUUAUGCUGUUUCUUUUCUUUCUUUGAUUAUUGAUGUUGUUGCCUUUUGUGGAUUUGAGUGUACCUGGUACUGGCCAUGGCAAAUUGUGCAUUACCUGUGCUCGUCUGUUCAUCCCUUCAUCCUUAUCCUUGGCAACUCCCAGCUGGAAGGGGCAUUCACGAAGCUUCUUCUUCUGCUUAAAACCUUCUGGAAUGAAAAGAGGAUGUCAUCUCCUAUCUAA